CACUAGGCCCUGGGCUAGGCAGGCCGGGCAGGGGGAAAGGCAAAGUUUGGCAAUGUGAGUGUGGGAGAGAGAAGUGAGAACGAGAAAUACCGGGGAGGGGGAGAGCCGACCUCACAGUAUACCGCCGCCCACAAACUAGCCACAUAGCCAGCCUACCGCUCCAUAUACAGUUAUGGCCGAACCGGACCACAGCUCCUUGCCCUGGUCCAUCAACCGGGACGACUAUGAGCUACAGGAGGUCAUUGGAAGCGGAGCUACGGCUGUGGUACAAGCUGCCUACUGUAUUCCCAAGAAAGAGAAAGUGGCCAUCAAAAGAAUUAACCUAGAAAAAUGUCAGACCAGCAUGGAUGAACUAUUGAAAGAAAUUCAGGCGAUGAGCCAGUGCCAUCACCCCAACAUUGUCUCCUACUACACCUCAUUUGUGGUGAAAGAUGAGCUGUGGCUGGUGAUGAAGUUGCUGAGUGGAGGUUCGGUCUUGGAUAUCAUCAAACACAUCAUUGCAAAAGGAGAGCAUAGGAACGGUGUCCUGGAUGAGCCGAGCAUUGCCACCAUGUUAAGAGAAGUUCUGGAGGGACUUGAUUACCUGCAUAAAAACGGCCAGAUCCACAGGGAUGUUAAAGCUGGAAAUAUUCUUUUGGGUGAAGACGGCUCAGUACAAAUUGCAGAUUUUGGUGUCAGUGCGUUUCUAGCUACAGGAGGGGACAUCACCAGGAAUAAAGUACGGAAAACUUUUGUGGGCACACCUUGCUGGAUGGCACCUGAGGUUAUGGAGCAGGUUAGAGGGUAUGAUUUUAAGGCAGAUCUAUGGAGUUUUGGAAUUACAGCUAUUGAACUAGCAACUGGAGCAGCUCCAUACCAUAAAUACCCUCCAAUGAAGGUGUUGAUGUUGACGCUACAGAAUGAUCCCCCAACUCUGGAAACAGGUGUGCAGGAUAAAGAGAUGCUGAAGAAAUAUGGGAAAUCCUUUAGGAAGAUGAUCUCUUCGUGCCUUCAGAAAGACCCAGAAAAGAGGCCAACGGCAGCAGAGCUUUUAAAGCAUAAAUUUUUCCAGAAAGCUAAGAAUAAAGAAUUCUUACAGGAGAAGAUGCUGCAUAAAGCUCCGUCCAUUACAGAACGAGCUAAAAAGGUUAGGAGAGUGCCAGGUUCCAGUGGUCGACUGCAUAAAACUGAAGAUGGAGGUUGGGAAUGGAGCGAUGACGAGUUGGAUGAAGAGAGUGAGGAAGGAAAAGCUGCUGUGUUACAGCUGAGGUCCCCACGUGUGAAAGAUUCCUUACAAAACUCAGAGCUAUUCCCUGCAGCAGAGCCAACAGGAACCUAUCUCCAAACUCCAGCACAGCUCACUGCUAAUCUACCUCAACCCGCUGGGCAUGCCAGGCUUACUCAAGUGUCUGUCCCUGUGUCUGUCCCAGGAGCUGGUCAGGCUCCUCCGGCAGCUGCUGCUCCGCCUCCAGCUGAAGAAGCAAAAGUGAUCAGCUUAGUGUUACGAUUAAGGAAUACGAAGAAAGAGCUGAAUGAUAUUAGAUUUGAAUUUACUCCAGGAAGAGAUACCGCUGAUGGUGUUUCUCAAGAACUUGUUUCAGCCGGUCUAGUAGAUGGCAGAGACGUAGUUAUAGUUGCAGCCAAUUUGCAGAAGAUUGUGGAAGAACCUCAGACUAAUAGAGCAGUCACCUUCAAAUUGGCCUCUGGAGUGGAACCUUCUGACAUUCCAGACGAUGGAAAGCUUGUAGGAUUUGCACAGCUCAGCAUCAGCUAAGCCCGGGUUUGCGGCUACUCCUUAAAACAACAACACAUGUGCACCUGUCUAACACUUCUCUUGGCCUACAGAAACCACUACUGCCAAAGAAUCAAACGCUAGCUUCCUUUGGAGCUGUAACAACACAUUAUUAUUUUACUUUUGUCUAACAAAGGCCUCUAACUUAGUGUAACCAAAAAACACGAGUUAAGAGCUUUGUAGCCAAUAGCAAACAAAAGUAUUUCUGCACAUGAGAAAUUUGGAUUUCUUUUUAUUUUCUUGUAAAACCAUGCUGGUUAACCCUUUGGGUGACACAGGGCACUUCAGUGCAAUGUGAAUGGUCCCUUUUGUUGCUGAAGCAGGUAAAAUUGUCAGUAUUCUCACACCUGUUUGUUUAUUUUGCCUUAUUUGAUAAUACUACUGAGUAUGAACCAACGGGUUUCUACCACUCAAAAAAAAAAAAAAUAGGCAAACCGAAUCGAGUUUUUGGGAUCCGAUUUUUAUUGGCUUUAAUUUAAAACAGAACAGAGUCUAAAUAAAAAAUCAAAAAAAAAAAAAAAGCUAAUUAUGAGUCUGUCGUUCUGCCUGAAUUUUUAAAAGAAAUAAAUAUACAAAAAUUUCAUACACUGGA